AGGUGUGUCCCAAAAUGGCUGUGGAAAAACAGUUUUGAAGAUUUGUCGUUCUGCAUGAAAUUUGAAGAUGCUGCAUGGUGUACAUUUAUGAAGAGGGCCGUUUACGGUGCCGAGGACCCCACCGGAAAGGUGAAAGGAGGGAGAGGGUGAGAGAGGAGGAGAGGAAAGAGGAGUGAACGGAGAAGAGGAGAGACUGGUGUGUUGAUCUGAACGGUCCUGACCAAAAGUAUGAAGAGCCAGGAAGUCAAGACCCCUAACUCAGUCAAGUCACUCAAGAUGCCAGGUGACAUGAGACCGGUCACUCCCAUGAAGAGCCUCCAGUUCCGCAGCAUCGCCCCCAAAGCUCCCCCCCCUCCCCCACCACUGGUGUCGGACGCCCCAAAGCCCAGCGGUGCCCCCAUGCUUGUGCCCACACAGAACUACGCCCUCAUGCAGGUGGCCGGACGCGAGGGCACCUUCUCCUGGUGCCGCUGCCAGCCUCUGCCUCCGCUGUCGCCACCGCAACAGCCAAUCAGCAAGAGCCUCAAGCUGCCCAUCCCCCGCUACCAGCCAAUGAGGAGCAAGGGCACGCCCGAGAAGGCGGGGAACAGCAAGACGUCGGGCAGCCCUGCCAAAGUCGCCAUGACGCCGGCUCGGUCGGUGGCAGCAGCAUCAGCCAUCCAAUCCAAAGCCUCAGAGGUGGCAAACACGCCCACCGAGCCAGCCAAUGAGCCGCUGGUGUUUGCCGGAGAGGCGGGUCUUGUGGGAAAAGCUGGCCCGAUCUUAGGAUCGUUGGCGCCCAAGCCGACCGCUGUUGCUAUGCCCACCCCAGAGUUGACCCCGCCCACCUGUCAAGUCAAGCCUGAGAAGGUGACUCAGCCAAUCACGGUGCUCUCUCCCGCCCUCUUUGGGAAGGCUGUGCAGCUGGUCACACCCUCUCCCUCGGGGAAACUCCCCAUCCUGCCUUACUCCCGUGUCAGGGACUCCCUAUUGGCCAGUCCGCCUCCGGCCCCUCCCCCUCCGCCUCCUUCUCUAACCAAUCAGAACACUCCUAUGAUCUCACAGACCACACCUCCCCAGUUAACCCCGCCCUCGGCCAAGAGGGAGGCUGCUGGCCGCCCCGAGAAGCCGUCGCCCUCCGCCAGCGCUGCCCCCGGGUCCAGGAAGUACCGCAGCAUCCGGCCCAAACCGGCUCCAGGCGCGGCCCUGCCCCUCCAGCUGUCCUCCUCCUCGUCCUCCUCGUCCUCCUCGUCCACCUCCCCCUCUCCCCCCCUACAGACCCCCCUCAGCCUCCCGCUGCACCCCUGCCCCACCUGCGGACGCUGCUUCCAGCACAAGCACCACCUGACCGCUCACCUGACCACCAGCCACCUCCUGCUGGCCAAUCGCGGCAAGGCGGCGGCAGCGUCGACGGCAGCACCGGCGGCGACAGAGGCGGGCCUGGAGCUGGAGCGUGGCCACGCGAGGCCCGUGCGGCGGGUCAGGUGCGGUCCGCUUGGGUCUACGCGUGUCCGGCCGCGGCCUCUGCUGCGCUGCCUGUUCUGCCAGAAGGCCUUCAGCUACGUGGGCGUGUUCUUCAGUCACCUGCGUGAGCUGCACCGCGUCAUCCUGACCGUGGAGCCCUCCAUCGCCCAGCACGAGGAACACACCCCGGGCACGGAGCUCUGUGAGGAGGACAUGGAGGACCCCGUGGAACUGCAGAUCAAAUGCGGCCGGUGCCAAGCAGUCACGCCCACCUUCUCCGACAUGCAGCUCCACCUCCUCUACGUCCACGGCCAAUCAGCAGGCCCCGGGCCCUCGGGGGGCGGUCCUACGGGCGGCGGCGGCAGCGACGGCCGGACCGUGGAGGAGGAGCUUGUGAAGCACGCCGCCCACUACUGGAGGCAGCUGAACGAGCGGCGAGCCCUGCGUAGGUGCGGGCGCUGCCAGGAGGUCUUCCUGUCCGCGUCCAGACUCAAGCGGCACGCGUGCGGCCGGCGCCCUGGGGGUGCGGCGUCGGCGGGGCUCAGGACUGGACGCGGUGUCCACUGCUUCCUGUGCAGCGUCGUGCUGGACAGCAAACAGGAAGUGCUUGAGCACUGGAGGGGCCGGCACUACUGUGAAAACCCCCCCCUCCUGUGGGACGCUCUGAACGAGGGCGUGGAGACUGAUGGCAGGAGUGUCUCCUAGCAACCCCUGAUGCACCACGGAAGGACACGUGCACGUGUGUGUGUGUGUGUGUGUGUGUGUGUGUGUGUGUGUGCGUGUGUGUGUGUAAGAGUACGAGUAAGAUGUGUGACAUAAACCACUACUACAGUUUUAGCUGUUCAGCUGUUUAGCCAUGUCCGGUUGCACUGCUUUCUUCAUUUGAAUGUCAAGUUGUUUUUACUUUUAUAUUUUUUUUUUCUUGAAGUUAAGAAUUGUAAUUUAUAGGAUUGUUUUCAAACUAGAGUGUUUUGUGUGUAACUGAUUAUUUAAGUUUUGUUUUGUUUGAAGCUAACUCACAGGGCUAUCACUACAAGGCUAAGAGAGAUAUCAGACAGACAGUGAAGCUCCCGGCCAAUCAUAUCUCUGUCGGAUUCUCAGUAGCCAAUCACAGCUCUGCCAGUAUGUUACCGGCCAACCACAGGUCCAUGCUCUCAGGAUGGGAAUAUUUGGGUUACAUAAUGAUGCAAACUCCAUAUUCUCAGAGAGAUAUUUUGAAGACAGCCACUAAAGAGGCGGGUUUUGAUUGUUAUACGUGGUUUGUGUGUGUGUGUGUUGUGGCUCACUGAUUGUGAGAUGUACACAUUUUCUGUUUUCAAAUGACUGUUGUUAAACUGUGCUCAAUUGUUCUAAAAGAAAUCAAUGACAGGGUAAUUGAAUGUUUUACAUCAAAUAAUCUAUCCACAUACUGUUCUCAUAGACAUAGAAUAUACUGAGUAUUUAUAGAGAUGAAGACAAAUAAAUACCUAAAUAUUUA